AUGCAUCCUCCUAGAGAGGCUUGGAGGCUGAAAGUUAGGGUUCUAAGGCUUUGGGUUGUACCCCCUUUUGGUAACCAUGAGGUUCCUAACUCAAUGGAGAUGAUUCUCCUUGAUGAGCAUUGUGAAAAAAUUCAAGCUACAGUCAAGAAACCACUCCUUAAUAGGUUUAGGGAUCAUAUAGUUGAAGGACAAGUUUAUAGAAUGGCAUAUUUUAGUGUUGUGUCAAAUCAUGGUAGUUAUAGAGCAACUUCUCAUGAAUUCAAAUUGGUUUUUCUUCACCGAACCACUGUUGUAGCUGUUGAUGAAGAUGUUAUCCCUAAGACUUGUUUCAACAUGUUUCCUUUUUCUGAGCUGCUGAACAUGACUCAAGAUUAUGAUUUCUUAGUUGAUGUCAUUGGUCUUUUAACUUCAGUCGGAGAAGAGAAAGAAUAUGUAAAAGAGGGGAAAAUUGUGAAAAUGAUUGCAUUGGAAUUAACUUCAAAAGAUGUUACAGUGCGAUGUGCAUUGUUUGGGGAUUAUGUUAAUCAAGUAAAUCAUUUUCUUGCCUCUGGGUAUGUGGAGCAGCCUGUUGUAGUCAUUCAACUUACAAAAGUCAAGUUCUUUAGGGGUCAAGUAGGUCUUCAAAAUGUGAUGUAUGCCACUCAAAUAUUAUUUAAUCCUGAUAUUCCUGAAGUUGUUGAAUUUAGGCAGAGUAUGAUUGAGCAAGGUGUCAGUGGUACCCAGCCACUGUUUAUUGCAAAUGAGGGUAAAGUUCUCUCCUUGGAAGAUGAUUUCAUGCGUUUAACUAGAAAAUGCACUAUUGAAGAGCUUCAAGAUAACAAUCAGGAGGGUUCUUUUAUCAUUUUUGGUGCAAUCCAAGGUAUUGUUGAGGAUGGAGGUUGGUGGUAUUCUGCUUGUGUGUGUGGAAAGGGUAUCUAUCCUCAAAAUGGUGCCUAUUACUGUGAUUUUUGUUUGAAGCACAUAACUAAUAUCACUCCAAGAUUUAAAAUUAAAGUAACAGUUGAAGAUCAUACUGGGGAGGGUAUUUUCCUUCUCUUUGAUCGUGAGGCUUCUUAUUUGCUUAAGAAAUCAUGUGCUGACUUGUUUACUGAGGUUCAAAGAGAUGCAAGUCUUAUAUGUGGGGAUACUUAUCCUCCCAUAUUCCAAUGGAUCAUUGGAAAGAAGUUGCUGCUCAAGGUUGAUACCAAAGGUGUCCCACAUGAUACAUUUUAUGGGACUUUCCGAGUUAGGAGAAUUUGUGAUGAUUCCACCAUUAUUGCGAUGUUUGAACUUCCCAAUUAUGAUGCUGAUGAUGAGUCUACUCCAAAAAAGGAGCAUGAGUUACACAAAUCUGUUCCUCGUGGAAAAGCGGAUGUGGGUAUUAAGAAGGAGUCUUCGGAUGGUUUUAUCAAAAGUGAGAAAGAUGAUGGUGAGUGUUCUGGGAUUUUGUGUAAAUCCCCUGUUCUUAUAGAUUUUUUGGCUGAAAAACAGCCUGUUGUUUCCGGGGGGACUGAGUUUGUUGGCUUAAUUGAUGGUGAGCAUGGAAAAGAAGAGAAAACUCCCAGCAAUGAUCUUUCUGCUGAACUGGAUAUAUUGCUUAGCUCAGCAGAAAAAGUAACUCAGGAGCUGUUGUCCCAUGUUCUUGAAGCACCUUCGCAAAAUGGAGAGAAGCUUACCCAUGAAAAUCAUGUUUUCACCUCCAAGAGUAAGAGGAAUUUGAAUCCUAAAUUUGAAGAGGCUUCUGUUAAUGCAGAUGGGCGUGGGUUCAAGGUUGCCAAGGUUAAUGGAGUUUGA